AUGACUGAGACUAGAUCCUCCAUCAGAAUUUUGGAAAUGCAAGUGGGGCAGCUGGCCAAUAUGUUGAAUAUUAGGCCUCAAGGGAAUUUGCCUAGCAAUAUUGUGGUAAAUCCUAAGGAGCAGUGUCAAGCUAUCACUUUGAGGAACGGGAAAGAAAUUGAGGGUCCUUCUCUAAAAGUGGCACUUACUGAAGAGUGCAGUGUAAUUCUCCAAAGGAAACUUCCACAAAAGCUUCAAGAUCAGGGGAGUUUUACUAUCCCUUGUACUAUAGGGAAAUUUGAAUGCAAACACGCUCUUUGUGAUCUUGGAGCAAGUAUCAAUCUCAUGCCUCUAUCUGUUUUUCGGAAGCUAGGUUUUGGUGAGGCAAAGUCUACUACUAUUACUCUUCAGCUCGCGGAUCGAUCAAUCAAGUACCCAAUGGGAGUUAUUGAAGAUGUGCUAGUCAAGGUAGACAAGUUUACUUUUCCAGCGGAUUUCAUUGUUCUAGACAUGGAGGAGGAUACAACGGUUCCCAUUAUUCUUGGGAGACCAUUUUUGGCUACCGGGAAAGCCCUCAUUGAUGUGCAAAAGGGUGAGUUGAGGUUGAGAGUUCAAGGGGAAGAAGUGGUCUUUAAUGUAUUUAAGGCUAUGUCUUAUCCAAGAGCAAGUGAUAGUUGCUUUAAUGUUGAUGUGAUUGAUGAGGUGGUUUCGAAAAAGAGGAUUACCAAUGAUCCUCUUGAAUUGGCUUUGGCGUUGGGUGAUGAUAAUGAAGAGGAGGAUUUGGAGACUCAUGAGUAUGUGAAAUGGAUCAAUUCUUAUGGUCCAUAUUACAAGAAGAAACUUAAAGAAUUGGGGCAAGGGCCUGAGUGCCCCAUACCAUCUAUUGAGAAGCCUCCAUUCCUUGAGUUGAAGUCUUUACCGGAGCAUCUUUGUUAUGUGUACUUGGGGAAGAAAGAAACGCUGCCUAUUAUUAUUUCUUCAUUGCUGUCAAAAGGUGAAGUAGAAAAACUUUUGAGGGUUUUGAGGGCUCAAAAACAUGCUAUUGGGUAG